CCGAGCGUCGAACCUUUUCAUGUCAUUGUUGUCAUCGUGCGUCGAAUUUACAAACAAACGAGCCAGAAAGCAAAAUAAUCAACAAUAAAAAAAUAGCAAAAAGCGAUAAACGAGCGAAAAAAGAAGCAAACGAAUCUUCUCCCGUUGACUUUACGCGAUAAUUGACAUGUGGACGAGUGUCGACGUACACACUCGAGAAUAGUUUACGAUAAUAUAGUAAUAAUCGCGAGCGAGAGUGGUGUGUCACAAAUACAAGAGGAAAAAGAAAUAAAAAAAAGAGCGUGUGAUGCAUUGCCUCGAAAGGAGGCGUCUGCUGCUGGCGCCGCUGACGACAAAGCGGCUGCUGCUCGGCUGUUAGUUAUUACAAAGUGCGUGGUUUUGCCACUGUCCUGGCAUAUACGUAUCUUAUACAUAUAUAUGUAUAUCUCUAUAUAAGUGUCAAGUGUGGUUUGGUAUUAGUGUGGCGAGGAAACAAUAACAAAGCGCGCUUGUAUAGUACACCAACACCAACAAAGAGAGAGAGAGAAACAGAGAGAUAAAAAAUGGCGGACCUCGAGGCAGUGCUCGCGGAUGUGAGUUACCUCAUGGCCAUGGAAAAAAGCAAAUGUACGCCGGCAGCGCGAGCUAGCAAGAAAAUCAUACUUCCAGAUCCAAGCGUUCGCAGCGUCAUGCACAAGUAUCUCGAGAAGAAGAACGAGGUGAACUUCGAUAAAAUAUUCAACCAAAUGCUAGGUUACCUGCUAUUCAAAGACUUUUGCGAGAACGCGUCGGAGGAGCCCAUUCCACAGCUGAGGUUUUACGAGCAGAUCAAGGCGUACGAGAAGCUGGAGUGCCCGGAGGAGCGGCGGAAGCUCGCCCGCGAGAUCUACGACAACUACAUUAUGAAGGAGCUGCUGGCGCACACGCACGAAUACUCGCAGCAGGCGGUGGCGCACGUCCAGGAGUUCCUCAUCAAGAACGAGGUGCCCGUCAACCUGUUCGAGCCGUACAUCGAGGAGAUCUUCAAUCACCUGAGGGCGGAGCCCUUCAAGAAGUUCCUCGAGAGCGACAAGUACACGCGCUUCUGCCAGUGGAAGAAUCUCGAGCUCAACAUCCAGCUGACGAUGAACGACUUCAGCGUACACCGGAUAAUCGGCCGCGGCGGCUUCGGCGAGGUGUACGGCUGCCGCAAGGCCGACACCGGCAAGAUGUACGCGAUGAAGUGCCUGGACAAGAAGCGCAUCAAGAUGAAGCAGGGCGAGACCCUGGCGCUCAACGAGAGGAUAAUGCUGUCGCUGGUCAGCACCGGGGUCGACUGCCCGUUCAUCGUGUGCAUGACCUACGCCUUCCACACGCCCGACAAGCUGUGCUUCAUCCUCGACCUGAUGAACGGCGGCGACCUGCACUACCACCUCAGCCAGCACGGUGUGUUCAACGAGCCCGAGAUGAAGUUCUACGCGGCCGAGGUGAUACUCGGCCUCGAGCACAUGCACCGCCGGUUCAUCGUCUAUCGGGACCUCAAGCCGGCGAACAUCCUGCUCGACGAGCACGGCCACGUCAGGAUAUCGGACCUCGGGCUAGCCUGCGACUUCUCCAAGAAGAAGCCGCACGCCAGCGUCGGCACGCACGGCUACAUGGCGCCCGAGGUGCUGUCCAAGGGCACCGCCUACGACUCGAGCGCCGAUUGGUUCUCCUUCGGCUGCAUGCUGUUCAAGCUGCUCAAGGGCCACAGCCCCUUUCGACAGCACAAGACCAAGGACAAGCACGAGAUCGAUCGCAUGACUCUCACCACGAACGUGGAUCUGCCGGAGUCGUUCUCGCGCGAGCUCAAGUCGCUGCUGGAGGGACUGCUGCAGCGCGACGUGAAUCAGAGGCUGGGCUGCCGCGGCUCCGGCGCCGACGAGCUCAAGGAGCACGCGUUCUUCGCCGGCAUCGACUGGCAGCAGGUCUACCUGCAGAAAUACACGCCGCCGCUGAUACCGCCGAGGGGCGAGGUGAACGCGGCCGACGCCUUCGACAUCGGCUCCUUCGACGAGGAGGACACCAAGGGCAUCAAGCUCACCGAGGCCGAUCAGGACCUCUACAAGAACUUCCCGCUGGUCAUCUCCGAGAGAUGGCAGGCCGAGGUCGCGGAGACCGUGUUCGAGACCAUCAACAGCGAGGCUGACAAGCUCGAGAUCAAGAAGAAAGCCAAGAAAUUGAAAUUCGAGGCCGACGAGAAAGGCUCAGACUGUAUACUACACGGCUACAUUAAGAAACUUGGCGGCCCGUUCGCAAGCGCAUGGCAAACUCGAUACGCCAAGCUCUAUCCGAAUCGAUUAGAGCUUCAUCCCGAGUCCACCACCAAGCCCGAGCUUGUCUUCUUCGACCAGGUGGAGGAAGUCAGUGGCGACUUGCAGCACGUUAAGAACGAGCAGUGCAUUAUCAUCCGAACGAGAGAUACCAAAAUUAUAUUAACCAAUCCCGACGAGAUAAGCCUGAAAGAAUGGGCGAUUUCGUUACGUUCGGCGCACAAGUCGUCGAUGGAGAUGCUUGGCAACAUGGCACGCAAAGCUGGCAAAAUCUACGGGACGGUAGGCGAUAGCGUUAUUUCAUCAUCAGCGGCAGCGGCGACGCAGCGCUCGACCAACGGCAACUAGUGGCCAACAACAAUCGACUAGAAAAUUUAAAAUUAAAAAGAAAAAAACAUCGCCUACUCACUGCCCGCGCGCGAGCGAGGAUUCGUUCUCUCUUUCUCUCUCUUUCUUUACACUGAUUUACAUUCUUCUACGAGUACUCCGUUUCUUAUUUUGACUCACUAUGUGCGCUUUUGUGAUUCUAUUAUUUUCUGUUCUAUAUUUUUCUACAAAUGCUUUGCAGUAUUCGAGGACGCAUCGUGCAAUUUUUAUUACAUACUGCGUGUAUAGAGUCUUUUAAAUUUUAUAUAUUCUCGUACGAACGCGAGGAUGGAUUUUUUUAUUUAUGUAAUGUAGUUGCGAGUCAAUUGUUCGUUAAUUUACCUGUAUACACGCGACUGACUCUCGUUUCAUCAAGUACAAAUUUUUCGAUGUUAAAUAAAAAAGCAUGUGUGCGAGCUUCUGAGCUUUUUUCAUUUUUUUUUUAGCUUUCAUCGAAACUGAGUACUCGCACGACGAAGUUUUAUUUCGUUUCUUAUUUGUCAAAACUUACUCUUCAUUUCGUCCUCGGAUGUCCUCUUAAUUAUUACCGAGAUACUUAAGUACUUUUUUAUUGAGCAAACAAAAUAAGUAUGUAUAUUAAUGAAUAAAUAAAUAAAAUAAAACAUUUUUUUAAGUAGGAAGAACCGAGAAAGAAUAAUGUCGCGAAUUCUCAUAGUCAAUGAAGCAAUUAUUGCAAAAAUUUUCAACAACUAUAUACAACUCAUUCAGCAACUGGCAAUGAUUGAUUUUUGGUUACGACGUUCGUCACGACGAAAAACAAAUUUUUAUUAAAGACUCUUGUAUUUGUAUUGUUAUAAAAUUGAAAAAACGAAAUUUUUGUAACGCGACGUUUACUAUGUCUCUCUAUUGCUGAUUUUUGUCUCUCUCUCUCUCUCUCUCUUACUCCCCCCCCCUCUCUCUUUCUGAAAGCAAACUAAAAAAAGUAAGUCAUUUUCUCUUUGUUCGUUCCUCACAUGACACGUGCAAAGAUAUUUAUAUUUAACGUAAUUGUAUAAACUAUCGAAUCCAAACACUAAUGUAUAUGUCUCGCCGAUCGGAUUUUCGCGUGUAUAUACAUACGAUGACUCAAACCCACGGCGAUGAUUAUUUAAGAAAACAAAAUAAGAAACAAAUAUGACACGUCACGCGAGUGACGGGAACUGAACAGAUGUAUGAAGAAUUAUUUAUGGCAAUUGUAUCUUAUUAAGAAAAACAACAUGAUGAACAAACAUAAGCCACAUUAUGUGAGGAAAAAUAUAUUUAAAAAGCACAUGAUUAAACAAAGACAACCGUAGAGGGACAAAUGCGAAUUAUUUGAAGUUAUAUAUAGAUGUUAUAAUUACUAUUAUUAUUAUUAUUAUUAUUAUUAUUAUUAUUAUUAUUAUUAUUAUUAUUAUUAUUAUUAUUAUUAUUAUUAUUAUUAUUAUUAUAUCUAAAAUGCGAUGUACGAAACAGAUGAAAAAAAUAUUAGCUGAGCCCAGGUGGCUUAGUACAAGAAUCAUGUAAAAUUUGCAAGUUGCCGAUCUACGACUGUGGCGCGCUUAUUGUGAAUGUAUGUAUAGUAACUCGUCCUCUCGUUAAUUUUCAAAUUAGCCCUCGUUGAAAUCCUUCUCUCUUUCUCUCACUCUUCGCCGGAGAGGAGUAUGUUUUAGACGCGAUUACGGCUGCCUUUGUCAAAUUACGCGCGCGAAAACGGAUUAUUUUUAAUUUUUUUUCGAAGCGAUACCUUUUCAUUUUUUAUAGAGGCUUGCGAACUGAUAAGUCAAUUUCGUCUCGAGAAAGAGAAAGGGUAAUCAUUAUUUUUCACCGCUGUCGAUCGUUCUAUACAAUUAUAUGAAAUUGUAUGAUAUCAAAGCAAAACAAACAAAAAAGACACUAUUAUGUCGGUUGAGUUCAUCGAUUUUUCUGUAUUCGUAAAGUAUAUGAGAAAAAACACACAUAAAUGAACAAUGAAACAAGUAUAAAUUUUAUAAUUGACCUGCGCGACGAUGUGAAUUGUCAAGGGGUAUUUUGUAAACAAACGCUUUUCCGUUGAUUCCUUCAGUGUUGAACAUUAUUGAAGAUAGAUAUUAUUUACUAUGGUAAAAUACUCUGAAUUGGAACAACUCUGAUAGUCAUAACGGUGUUAAAUUAUUUAGUUGAACAUUUUAUAAAUAAAUUUU